UUUUUAAAAUUAAAUUUGAAUAAGUAUGUAUUUUUUAAUUAAAAAUAAAUGCAUAUUAAAGCGCAUAUUUUGAUAUUUUUUGGUGCAUAUGUAUGCGCAUAUUCUUAAGAUUUUAAGCACAUAAAGUCCCGAGCCCUGUUUAUCGCAAUUGCAAAACGCAUCAAAUUCACGAGAUAUGCAAACAACUGUGGACAGUGUUAGACCUGAAUCACAUAUUCCAAAAAAAAAACAAAUAGUUCAUCAAAAAGCAAUCUAUUUGAUAUAUCCAUUGAUUCUGAAUCUUAUGAAGUUUCUGUAAACGAUAAUUUAUUGGACUCAGAAAAUAACGUACAGCUACGUAUUCCGACUUUGAUUCCACAUAAUAUAAUAACUCCAAAUAGUUCUGGUGAUUGUAGAGAUGAUGGUAAGAUAUAAAUUGUGUGCCAUGAUAUUUUUUGUAUGAUUAAGUAAUAUUUUUGUGUAUUAUAAGGAAAUAUAGCUUUUCAAAAAUCUAUAAAUAGAAAUAUCAUUGUUAUGAAACACGAUUUGAAAAACAUUCAAGAAAGUAUUGAUAAUUUAUUUGCAGUACAACAACAAAUAUUGGAUAAAUUGAAUAAUUUCAAAUUAUCUGAAGCAUUAAAUUUUGAUGGUAGUUUUGAUAAUACUGCAGAUGAUAUGUUACACAUCAAUAAUGACGCUGAUUUAGACAUUGUGGAAGAUAAACUUACCAAGGAACAAACAUUCAGAAGCAAAGUGGUUUUAGAAUUGUCUCGUCUCACUGGUUCAAAUAUGUCUGAAACUGUGCGGAAAAUCAUGCAAAAACUACUUACCGACAACUUCUUGGCAAAUUAUUCUUAUAUUGGGUUCAAAGGAAAAAAGCAGUUUUCAUCUCUUCAAACAUGUAGAAUUAUUUUUGAAUCCAUAAGAAAAAUGAGACAAUAUAAAGAUGUUAGUGAUAUUGAAAUAGAAAAACCAUUGAAAAAUUGGAUGGCUCAAUCAUCAGCUCGCAUAAAAAAGACCACGGAGAAAAGUUCUAUAAGUGAUAAAUCUUAA